AUGGCAUCGGUGUACAGCGGUGACAUGGCUAGCCGAGAGACGGAUAGUCUUCUGGAGAAAGGAGGCUAUAACGGGUCGAGCAAUUUAGAGUACGGGGACGGGCAGGAGAUUGUAACGGGGGGAAGCAGAAUUGCGCGGAUAAAGGAGGGGAAGCUGCCAGCAAUGGGCGCAGAGAAGGGCGUGCCACGUGGCGUGGUGAUAUUGGUUGUCGUAUUUCUGGACCUGUUUGCAGUGGGCAUGGCCAUGCCGCUCGUCACGCCACUAAUUAAAGAGCUAGGAGCGUCCCCUUUACAGGUUGGCUUCCUCUCGUCCACAUACGGCGCUGUGCAACUCGUUACUGGGCCAUUCUUUGGUCUGCUGAGUGACAGCAUGGGCAGGCGGGUUGUGAUUCUGGUGUCGUAUGCUGGCGCAGGGGCGAGCUACCUGCUGCUGGGGCAGAGCAGCACUGUGACGAUGGUGGUGAUCUCCCGUGUGCUACUGGGCAUCACCAAGCACAGCAUGAACGCAGUCAAGGCAUAUGUGGCGGAUCACACCACAGCCGGCAACAGAGCCGUGGAGCUGGGCAGGAUGGCAACAGCAUCAGCUCUGGGCAUUAUGGUCGGCCCUGCAGUGGGCGGCAUGCUAUUUAAACUCCCCUUUCAUUCCUCGUUUCUCCUCCUCCCCUCCCUCCCUCCCGCCUUCUCAUCUCCUCCUCCCUCCCCCAACCCUCUCCUCCCUUGCAUCCCCUUGCUCCUCCCUUGCAUCCCCUUGCUCCUCCCUUGCAUCCCCUUGCUCCUCCCUUGCAUCCCCUUGCUCCUCCCUUGCAUCCCCUUGCUCCUCCCUUGCAUCCCCUUGCUCCUCCCUUGCAUCCCCUUGCUCCUCCUUGCAUCCCCUUGCUCCUCCCUUGCAUCCCCUUGCUCCUCCCUUGCAUCCCCUUGCUCCUCCCUUGCAUCCCCUUGCUCCUCCCUUGCAUCCCCUUGCUCCUCCCUUGCAUCCCCUUGCUCCUCCUUGCAUCCCCUUGCUCCUCCCUUGCAUCCCCUUGCUCCUCCCUUGCAUCCCCUUGCUCCUCCCUUGCAUCCCCUUGCUCCUCCCUUGCAUCCCCUUGCUCCUCCCUUGCAUCCCCUUGCUCCUCCCUUGCAUCCCCUUGCUCCUCCCUUGCAUCCCCUUGCUCCUCCCUUGCAUCCCCUUGCUCCUCCUUGCAUCCCCUUGCUCCUCCCUUGCAUCCCCUUGCUCCUCCCUUGCAUCCCCUUGCUCCUCCCUUGCAUCCCCUUGCUCCUCCUUGCAUCCCCUUGCUCCUCCCUUGCAUCCCCUUGCUCCUCCCUUGCAUCCCCUUGCUCCUCCCUUGCAUCCCCUUGCUCCUCCCUUGCAUCCCCUUGCUCCUCCCUUGCAUCCCCUUGCUCCUCCCUUGCAUCCCCUUGCUCCUCCCUUGCAUCCCCUUGCUCCUCCCUUGCAUCCCCUUGCUCCUCCUUGCAUCCCCUUGCUCCUCCUUGCAUCUCCUUGCUCCUCCCACAGGCAGGCAAUUAUCCCCUCCCAACAGCAGCAGCAGCGCUUCUCUACGCUAUAAACUCCUUCAUUACUGUCACGCAGCUGCAAGCACAAAAACCCUCUGCCGAAUCUACACCACAUGCGUCCAAGAGAACAGCACGGGUUCUCUCAAUGCGAGGACUCCUUCCUAAUGUGGCCAUAUUGACUCGCCCCCGUGUAGCAGCGCUGAUGGUAGUGCGCGCAGUGCUGGGACUCGCGGUGCAUCUCUUCCGCCAGGGCUUCUCACUGCUCCUCAUCUACCGCCUCAACCUGCCCGUGCACACUAAUGGGCUGCUGCUCUCAUUGCAGGGUCUCCUCACAUCAUUAGUACAGGGCCUGGCCAUCCGCCCGUUGCUGCGCCGCUUCCCAGAAACGCCUCUCAUCUUCCGCGGCCUCCUGCUGCUCUCCCUCACCCUCGCACUGCUUGCUGCUGCUCCCAGCCUCUCUUUCCUGGUCCUACUACUGCCCCCUCUCGCCCUCUCAACCGGUGUUCUGCGCACCACAUACACGGCCCUCCUCACUACUUCUGUCGCUCAGAGUGAGGUGGGACAGCUGCUGGGCCUAUCGGAUGCCAUCAUGUCAGCCUGCCGGGUGCUGGGUCCCUCUGCUGCCGGCCUCCUCUCAUCCGAAUUCGGCUACCAUGCGCCAGUUGCUGUCAGCGCUGCUGUUGCCGCAAUUGCAGCUCUCCUCUUCCACCUGCUUGUGUUGCGGCGCCACCAACCUGCCUCUGUUGCUACAGGAAUCUUGUCUAAGGGACAUUUGGCCUGA